UAGUAUCUUAUCUUCGCAAUGUGGCGAUGGACGUUUGUAUUGUACGUCUCGAUGACGGCUAGCGCGCAUGUCUCGCGAGUGGUGCAACUGCCUCAGGGUCCCGUGCGAGGGUACAGGGAUCCUGGCGGAGACAUAUUCACUUUCUAUGGCAUUCCCUACGCUGCAGCACCAACGGGAGUCAACAAAUUCAAGGCUCCACUACCACCACCGACUUGGCAAGAGACUUUAGAAGCGAUCGAUAAAGGCAUAAUAUGCCCACAGGCCGACUUUGCACCGAUAGUACCAAAAGAGAAACUCAUGCAAGAGGACUGCCUGAUCGCCAAUAUAUUUCAACCAGAUACGAAGAAGAAUAAUCUACCUGUUUUUAUUAUUAUUCAUGGCGGUGGCUUUCAGAUAGGUUAUGGUAAUUGGCUGACAGGUGAAAAUUUAAUGAGAACCAAAGACAUGAUUGUAGUCACAUUUAACUAUCGUCUUGGCAAACAUGGAUUUCUGUGUUUAGGCACAAAAGAUAUUCCCGGUAAUGCCGGGAUGAAAGACCAAGUAGCUCUUCUGCGCUGGGUGAAACAUAACAUAGCAGCCUUUGGAGGGAAUCCCAGUGAUGUUACUGUAGGUGGUUACAGUUCUGGCGGAGCCUCAACGGAUCUAUUAGUGCUCUCAAAAAGUAGUAGAGGACUUUUUCACAAAGCUAUUCCAGAAAGUGGCUACGGUAUUGGUGCCUUUUCAGUUCAGCCUAACCCUUUAGAAAUUGCUAAAACAUUUGCAAAACGACUAAACUUCACCAACACUGAUGACAUUUAUGCCUUAGAAAAUUUUUAUAAAUCAGCAUCAUUGGAACUGCUGAUGAUGGAUGCCGUUGUUACUGAAGUCGACAAUUCAUAUUUCUUCUCGCCUUGUGUCGAAAAUGAUGUUGACGACGAAUCUUUUCUUAUUGAGGAUCCUAUCAGUAUUAUAAAGAGUGGAAGCUAUGAGAAGGUUCCAAUGCUCGUAGGUUUUUCGAACAUGGAGGGAUUGAACCGCAUAGACUUGUUCGAAAAGUGGAGAAAUGGCAUGAAUAAAAAUUUUGCAAAUUAUUUACCACCCGAUUUAAUCUUUAAAGACAAGAGGGAAAAGGAAGAAGUUGCCAAAGUUAUUAAACAAUUUUACUUCAACGAUAGACCUAUUAGCAACGAUAACAUUUUGUCUUACAUUAAUUAUUUUUCAGAUAUUUUCUUUACAAACCCUAUUUUACUAUCAACCAAGACGCAUUUAGAGAAUGUUCAUGAUCAGAUAUAUCUUUACGAGUAUUCUUUCACUGAUAAGAAUGUUGCGUUGAUACCUCACACGAAUGUUCGGGGUGCUGAACACUGCGCCCAAUCGAUGGCAGUAUUUGACGGAACCGGUUUGAACCAACCAGACGAAUUGAAUAUUACUUUAGAAUAUAAAGAGAUCAAACGAACGAUGAGAGAGUUGUGGUCCAACUUCAUCACAACCGGGAAACCAGUGUUAGAAGGUUCCCCGUUCCCAUCAUGGCCGGCCGUGCGCGCAAACUUUACACCGUACAUGUCGCUGGGACAGACGCUGGAGCUGAAGAGCGCUUUGCUAGAGCGGCGCGUGCGCUUCUGGAGUGACAUCUAUGACAAAUACUACCAUACGCCUGUGCCGCCACCUAAGCUUCGAAUAUCAUAUGAUGAGCUUUAACGGACAAUAACGUUUCAUAACCAAACAGCAAUAAUAAAAUAACUUAAUUGUUGAUGCCAUAAUAAGUUAUAAUAAAAUUACGUCUUUAGUCUUCUUCUCCC